AUGGCAGCAAGUGGAAGGAAGCUUAUCAUUGGGCUUGACUUUGGUACCACGUUUAGCGGGGUCGCAUACUGCGAGACCGACAGUAAAGGCAGUGCUCGAGAUGUCACCCAAAUCCAGCUUGUUACCAACUGGCCUGGGGUCGGUCUCGGGAAUACGGAGAAAGUUCCAUCGCGCAUUUCUUACGGCACCGCCCCUAAGAACGAGAUCAAAUGGGGCAAUUUGGUCACCCACAAGACGAAAGAAGUCCAUGCGUUAAUGAAGUUACGGCUUGAUGAGCGCACGAACAAGAGCAAGCAAAUCCGGAUGCUACUCGCAUUUCUCACAGGCAAUUUUGGGAGUCUUAACAUCGACGAUCUAGACUCGGAUCAAGAAGAGGACGCCCCGCCUGAAUACCCUGGGAAGGAUGCUGUUGAUAUCGUGGGUGACUAUCUCACGUAUGUGCGAGAGCAUGUCUGGAAAGACCUGGAAUCUCAGUACGGUGAAGCCCUCCUUAGCUCCAUGGAGAAAGAGGUCGUCGUAACUGUGCCGGCAGUAUGGUCUGAGCGAGCGAAAGACCAAACAUUGAAGGCCGUCAUUGAAGCAAAGUUUCCCGCAGCAAAACUCAUGAUGGUGACUGAGCCAGAAGCAGCUGCUAUCUAUUCUCUCAAAGAAAUGCAGGAGGGGGCGAAAAGGGAUGAUGUUCAAGUUGGGGAUAACUUCGUCCUAUGCGAUGCAGGAGGAGGCACGGUCGACUUGAUCUCUUACACAAUCACUCAAAUACAACCGGUUUUCGAGAUAGAAGAGGCGGCGAUUGGAAGCGGUGAUAAAUGCGGCGCAACCUAUGUUGAUAAGGAGUUUCUUUCAUGGCUUGAACGAUGGAUCGGAAAGGACGCGUAUGAACUUAUUCCUGCAGAGAAGACUCGUCAUGGUAGUCAAAUGAUGAACGCCUUUGAGAUGGUAAAGCACACCUUUAUGGGCGACGAUUCCGAUAAUGAGAUUCGCCUCCCCAGAGAAUGUGGCAUCGAAGACGACGAGGAACGUAACAUUGAUGACCAAGUUCUCACACUAGAUGCAGAGCAGAUGAGGGAGAUUUUCGAUCCAUGUAUCAACCGGACCCUGGAGUUGAUCGAUGGUCAAAUUGCUUCAGUCCUUAGAAAGGGUAGAAAUAAGCCAAAGAUGGUAAUUAUUGUUGGAGGAUUUGGCAAGAAUCCGUACCUCUUCAAGAAGAUCACCGAGUACUGCAUCCAGAGAGGGAUCGUGGCUCGCAAACCGACGUUCCCUUGGUCAGCUGUCGCUCGAGGAGCCGUCUGCCGUGGACUUGAAGGACCAUUGACCGGCCUAGUUGCAGUUCGCCUUGCCCGCAAGCAUUACGGGACUCCCGUCUGCACCCCUUACAAGCCUGGAAUCCACAAUGCAGCUGACAUGUAUGUCGAUGAAUUCACUGGCUCAAAAUACGCAAAGGGCCAGAUGCGUUGGAUUGUUGAUAAGGGUGAGCGACUUCCUGAAAGCUCCCCUAAAAAGGUGUCCAUAGAGUGCAGCUGUACCUUCAAGAAGAGCGAAGACCGCGAAUUUGGCGCCAUACUGGUGGGCUGCGAUGCAGAUGCGGCUCCGGCCCGCUACGCCCACGAGACUGCAUACAAUAUUUGCCGCGUGCGGGCCGACCUGAGCACUGUUCCCGAAUCUAAAUUCGCACGGGCAAGGUCCGGGCUUGGGGCUGAGGAGUUUUUGAUCGCCGAGUUCAAGCUCCAAGCCACCCUGUGUGGUGGAAACAUUGAUUGGAAGUUCAUCUUUGACGGCAAGGAAUAUGGAACCGUUUCGGUUAGCUAUGACAAGUAG